AUGCUUUUCUUCUUCUUCUUCUUCCUUCACCUGGCCUUCACUUCUUCCUUCCUCCCGCCAUGUCUCGCCUCUAGGCCAUCGCCAAAAUCAAUUACCAAUUCCAGCCGCGUGGUGUUCAGGUGCGGAGAACAAUCAUCACUCAGCUCUUCCAGAAACUUCGAGUACUUCCCCGGGAAGCCGCGGUGGCGGAGGCAGGAGGCCCCGGCGAGGCUUUCGUAUGCGUUCUCGCCGGACAACACGAUCGACUACCUCUCCCCGUCCGACGUCCGGCGAUCCUUCCGCCGCGCCUUCGGGCGCUGGAGCGCGGUGAUCCCGGUGAGCUUCGCGGAGGCGGAGGAGUACGGCUACGCCGACAUCAAAAUCGGGUUCUACAGCGGGGACCACGGCGACGGGGAGCCCUUCGACGGCGUCCUGGGGGUGCUGGCCCACUCUUUCUCGCCGGAGAGCGGGCGGUUCCACCUCGACGCGGCGGAGAGGUGGGCCGUGGAUUUUCGAGCGGAGAAGUCAAAGGUUGCUGUUGACUUGGAAUCGGUGGCGGUCCAUGAGAUCGGACACGUGUUGGGCCUGGCCCACUCGUGGGCCCGGGAUGCCGUGAUGUUUCCGAGCUUGAAGCCCAGGAAGAGGAAAGUGGAGCUCAGCCUCGACGACAUACGGGGCGUUCAGGCGCUCUAUGGCUCCAACCCCAACUUCACCGUCGGAUCUUUGUCCGAGUCCGAUAUUUCCACGAAUCGUGCCGUUGGCGUUGCUUGGCUCGGUUCCUCUCAACGGCUGCGAUUGCUUGCUCUCUGCUCUUCCUUUCUGUUGCUUUCUCUGCAACUAUAA